ACACAUUCAGCAGAGAUGGUCCUCCAAGUAAUAUUUCCCUGUCAGCCAGGCAGGGGAAGGAAGCCAUGAGGUCAUCAUUUCGCCGGAUUGAAGCAGAGCCAUGUGUGUUUCCCUGUCUGAACGGAGGACAGUGCGCUCAGUCGGAGUCAUGUGACUGCAGCCUGUAUCAGGCCACUGGAGACAGAUGUCAGACAGUUCCAAAUCCCGGCUUUGAGCGGGAGAUGACGUGUCGGACGUGGGGUCAGUACAACUUUGAGACCUUUGACGGCCUCUACUACUACUUCCCUGGUCGCUGCACGUACACCCUUCUGAAGGACUGUGAGGAAACCACCCAGGCCAGCAUCGUCGUCCAGGUCCACAAUGACCAGGGCUGCAGCUCUGCCCCGUACACCUGCCAACGCUCUGUCAGCCUCUUCCUCCCGUGGGAGGGUGAGGUUCAGCUGCAUGCCACCAACGUGACCUACAAGGGCCAAAGUUUGCAGCUGCCUCUCCACAUCCACGACCUGCAGCUGGAGCAGAUCUCGCAGUAUGUCCUGGUGACACAGCAGCACGGCUUUACUCUGGCCUGGGAGGGUCGCAGCGGCUCCAUCUACAUCAAACUCAGCCCGGAAUUUGUGGGCAGAACCUGCGGCCUGUGUGGGAACUUCAAUGCAGACGUCCAGGAUGACCUGAAGACGAGUUAUGGCGUGCUGACUCAUGAAAUUGAGCUGUUUGGAAACAGCUGGGUGGAGACGAAACCCCACGAGGCUCGGUGUCCCAUGGUGCCCUCUGACUUCUCAUCACCCUGUGCUUCAGUGGAGCCUCAUGUCCUGCUGAAAGUGGAAGAGGUGUGUGCAAUGCUGCUGGAUCCUCCGUUUCAGAGCUGCCAUGACUUUGUCAGCCCGCUUUCCUACAUGGCUAGCUGCUCCAAUGACCUCUGCAUGUCGGGUCCCAACGGUGAUGUGGUAUGCCAGGUGUUCAGCGAGUACGCCCGGGCCUGUGCCCACGCUGACCACCCACUGCACGACUGGAGGCAGCACAUUCCUCAGUGUGCGAAGCAGUGUGCCCUUGGUCUGCAGUACAGGGAAUGCAUCAGCUGCUGCCCAGCAUCCUGCAACCUGGAGCGGACAUGCAUCGACAGCAAACUGGCCUGCCUGGAUGGAUGCUACUGUCCUGAUGGUAUGAUCUUCGAAGACGGAGGCUGUGUAACGCCUUCCGACUGUCCUUGCGAGUACCACGGCAUGUUUUAUCCUUCUGGACAGACGAUUCAGGAGGAAUGCAACAACUGCACAUGUAUUGGUGGAGUGUGGAACUGCACCGACUACAGCUGCCCAGGCGAAUGCUCGGUGACUGGCGAUAUGUAUUUUCAGUCCUUUGAUGGGCGGAUCUACACCUUCCCUGCAACAUGUCAGUACGUCCUCGCAAAAAGUCGCAACUCAGGGAAAUUCACAGUAACCAUCCAGAACGCCCCCUGUGGAGCCAAUUUGGAUGGGGCCUGCAUCCAAUCAGUUAACCUGGUUAUUGACGAGGAUCCAAGAACGGAGAUUACACUGAGCCACGUUGGCGAGGUCUACAUGGCGGGACAGUACCGCAUCUCUCUACCGUAUUCUGACGACAUCUUCCACAUCCAGGAGCUGUCAUCCAUGUUCCUUCAGGUGAAGACGGCGUUCGGCCUGCGUCUGCAGUACAACUGGAAGGAGUUCCGCCUCUACCUGCAGGCCGACGAGCUGUGGAAGGACGACACGGUGGGCCUGUGUGGCACCUUCAACGGCAACAUCCAAGAUGACUUCCUCUUGUUUUCUUGCAGAUCUCCAUCAGGUAUGAUAGAAAGCACUCCUCACCUGUUUGGAAACGCCUGGAGGGUCUCAUCAGCCUGUUCCACAAGCCUGAGCACGCCUCAGCUCGACCCCUGUGAUACACACCAGCAGGCCGUGGCUUACGCCUCAGAGAUGUGUGAUGUGCUGAACCAGGAUCUGUUCUCCGCCUGCCACGAAUACCUCAGCCCGACAUCCUUCCAUCAGCAGUGUCGCUCAGACACCUGUAAGUGCGGGACGCCCUGCCUCUGCUCUGCGCUGGCCCACUACGCUCACCACUGCCGCAGAUUCUCCAUCAUCGUUGACUUUCGGUCACAGAUUACAGACUGUGCGGUCACCUGUCCUGCCACCAUGCAGUACGGGACCUGUGUGUCGUCCUGCCAGCGCCGCUGCUCCGCCCUCUCUGUCCCACAGCACUGUGGGGAGGAGUGUGAGGAGGGCUGCGUCUGCCCCCAGGAAACCUUCUACAACCAUCGAACACACACCUGUGUGCACAGGAGCGAGUGUCCCUGCAGUUUCCUUGGAGCAGAUUACGAGCCAGGUGAUGUGAUCAUGACAUCAGCAGGUGUUCAACUCUGUCUGAAUGGUAAACUGGUGUCACAAAAAACAAACAGUGACAUGUUGUGUCCAGCUGGUCAGCUCUACCAGAACUGCUCGGAGGGUGGCGACGGCCUCCUGCCGGCAAAGGGCGUGGCUUGCGAACGCACCUGCGAAUCUUACCUGCUCAACCUAACCUGCUCCACGCACGAGCCCUGUGUGGCCGGGUGUACCUGCCCCCCUGACUUGCUGAAACAUGGAGACGAGUGUUUUGAACCCGCUUCCUGCCCUUGCCUGUGGAAAGGAAAGGAGUAUUACCCCGGCGACAGGGUGUCCUCCCCAUGCCAUCAGUGUGUUUGCCAGCAUGGGACGUUCCAGUGUGUGUUUCAUCCGUGUCCAUCGAUGUGCAUGGCCUACGGUGACCGCCACUACAGGACGUUUGACGGAUUGCUAUUUGACUACGUUGGUGCAUGCAAGGUCUAUCUUGUAAAGAGCAGUGCUGAGGUGAUGCUCAGUAUAACAGCCGAGAACGUCGACUGCUUCGACAGCGGAGUCAUCUGCAGGAAGUCCUUGCUGAUCAACAUCGGAAGAUCCGUCGUAGUAUUUGAUGAUGACUCUGGAAAGCCGAAUCCAUCUAGUGUGAUUGACAGGAAGCAGAGGAUGUUCAUCUGGCCAGCUGGAUACUUCACUGUGGUUCAUUUCCCAGAGGAAGAAGUCACCGUCCUCUGGGACCGAAAGACCAGCAUCCACAUCCAAGUCGGACCCCGCUGGCAGGGGAAGCUGAGUGGGCUGUGCGGGAACUUUGACAUGAAGACAGUGAACGAAAUGCGGACACCCGACAACAUCGACUCCCCGACUUCACAGGAUUUUGGAAACAGCUGGACUGCAGCAGAGUGUGUGAACAGUCCAGAUAUCAGACACCCCUGCAGCCUCAGUCCGCUCAGAGAGCCGUUUGCAAAGCGGCAAUGUGGCGUCCUUCUCAGUGAGGUCUUCAUGGCCUGCCACCCGGUGGUGGAUGUAACCUGGUUCUACAUGAACUGCUUGGCUGACACAUGUGCCUGCAGUCGUGGAGGAGACUGUGAGUGUUUCUGCACCAGCGUGGCGGCCUACGCCCAGCGCUGCUGCCACCAGGGCGUUCCUGUCGACUGGCGAUCCCCGUCUCUGUGCCCAUAUGAUUGUGAAUUCUACAACAAAGUUCUGGGUAAAGGGCCCUAUAGGCUGAUCACCUUCAGGGAUAGGACCACGCUGCUGGCAGCCAGCAGGUCCAGUGGCUCCAUGUUCCUUCAGAAGGGCAACCUCAGCACCUUCACCCCCACCCCUGGAGUCCUCUCACAGUUCAUGAUGACGCCGGGCCUCAGCAGAGCCCGACCGCACGACACAUCGCGGGUUUCCUUUGAGGCAUCAGACCGACCUAACUACUUCCUGUACGCGAGCCCUAGCGGCCAGGUGAGGCUGGCCAAGUGGGAGGAUAGCAAAGCAUUCUGGGACGGAGCCACCUUCGUGCUCCACAGGAACACCUGGAUCCCCGGCUACGACUCACUGGAGUCCCAUGCUAAACCCGGCUUCUUUCUACACGCCACUCCUGCCCGCCUCCACCUGCUCAAGUACAGACACAUCGACAGCUUCCGCAAGGCCACACUGUUCAGACUCACAGGCCCCAGCCCGGAUUCCCCCCCUGGUCCUCGAUGUCAGUGGAGGUAUGAUUCCUGCGUCAUCCCCUGUUUCAAGACCUGCAGCGACCCGUCAGCUGAAGCCUGCGUCAUCAUCCCACAAGUGGAAGGCUGCCUUCCUGUCUGCCCCCCACACAUGGUACUGGAUGAGAUCACCCGUCGGUGUGUCAAUGUUGAAGACUGCAUUAAGGUCCCAGUUACUGUGCAGCCUGUAACGCCAUCCCCUGCUCCACUGACCUCAGCAGCUGUCACUUCUGAAACCACCACAGGCACUGCUGCCUCCACCACCCACCUCCAGACCACCACCACCCUCCUCCAGACCACCACCAUUGCAACUGCAUCGUCCACCCUUCCAUUAACUGGUCCUACCACUAAAAUUACCACAACUAGUCCUGUUGUAAGCACACAGACAACCUUGUCAAAGGCACCACCGGCCCCUGGCCAGCCAAUCCUUCCUGUAGCUGUCUCAACUUCAGCAGCUCCUGAACUUGCUAUAACAGCAGGACCUCCAACACCCCCAACUAUCAGGCCAGAUGUGGAGAAGCCGCUGUCUACUGUUAAAGUGACUGAAGCCUCAUCCACCACUGUAGCUGGUACAACAGCAUGGAAAACUGGAGCUGUGAGCUCUACUACUAGCCCCUUCGGCCCAAGCACGUCUGAGAUGAGCAGCACUCCUUUUGCCAUCACAGCUCUCUUCUGGGUCACCUCCACUACGAAGCCCUCUGACCUCCCAAAGACACUCUUCACAACCACUGCCACAACCCUGCAGCCACCUACCCCUGCAGCUCCGGUCACAAGCUCCAUUGUACAGCCAACCACCAUAAGUAACCCUCCUGUCGUUGUCUUGCAACCAGCCAAAGCGACCACGGAGGCUACAACACAUUCGGCAGGAGUUACUCCGAUAGUAACUGAGUCUAGUCCAAGGCCUGCAGCGGUCUCAGAGACGUCUACAGUAACAGACAGGACUACUCUACCCACUACUGCUACCACUGCACAAACAGAAACCAGCAUGAAGCCUGUAACAGUGGAGCAACUACCCCUAACAACAACUACACCCAUCCCUCCUGGUUUGCAAAGCACAGACUCCACAACCUACUUCCCUCCCCCAACCUUGAAUGCUUUCGUAACUGUAUCGUUGCCGAAGGUCACUUCAGCAAGAACCACAGAAUCAGUUACACCUGUUGCACCUUUCACUACUGGUUGUUCAGACUACAUCUGCACCAUCUGCUCCUACCUCAAACUGGGGAACAACGACAAAGCAAUGCCUACCACCAAAACCUAUGCUGAGAGAACCUCCUGGUUCACUGCCGUCCCAACAGAAGAAACAAGUAAGACCACAACGUCAAGCCCCCCAGAUGUUCCAGAAGCAACCACAGUAUCCAGAGGUCCUACUGCCACAACAAAAUCAACUGUACCGCCGGUGUCUCCUACACGAACCACUGCUGUACCACUUUUACCAACAACAGAGAGCUCCUCCUAUCCUGCGUCUACUGUGCGGACCUCUGAGCCAUUGGUGCCACCCCAUUGGGAGACCUUCUCCACCCCAUUCUACAGCCCUACAGUGAAGACAACGCCAGUGGUCACUUCUUUCAUCCAUGAAGUAACUUCUACUAAAACUACUUCAGUGCCUCAGAUUCCUGUAACAUCAAAGCAGGUUGAAACCUCUGCAACAUCAACUGCUGCCACAGCCCCCACCGCCAAAACUUCAAUGUCGCCUGAAAUCUCAACUAAAGAAAUUGCAGCCACUACAACCAGGAAACUAGUCACACCCCCACGUUCACCUGCACCUGGUAGUCCUGAGACACUUGUCACCACCAUCUCCACAAGAGCUCCACCAGCUGUGGUGAACACGACGCUCAGACCUGUUAUAGUGCAACCUAUUACAGAGACGACACGUCCAGUGACUGGCAGGGUGGAGGUAUCAACGAGAUCUACAACUACACCACCUUCAUCUUGGUCUUCCCUGCACACAACGACUGCUUCCACCGCAGUUCCAAGGCAAACCACUUUCCAGGAGAAAGUCACCACCCGAUUGGUAUCAACUGCUAGAGCUACACCAUCUACAACAACUACCACCAUUGCACGGACGACCACUUUAAGAACGACACCCCGAGUCACACCCAGAAUUACCUCGAUUGAGAGGUCAACCAUCAGACCAGUCACAGCAAGGGUCACAAUAACAACAAGUGUACCAGAAGUAUCUUCCAUAUCGACUACUCUUGGCCCAGCAACUGUCAAACCGAGCCCUGGCGCAAUGACCACGUUAAGAGAACCGUCUAUAACUGUUACAACAACUGCCGAAUCAGUUGCCCCAACGAGCAAGACGGAACUUGCUGAAACAACGAUAGCAGUUCACAUCUUGCCCACCUUACACGCUCCAGUGCCUAUUCCUACUCUGACGGCGGUCACCUCUACAGCCCUUCCAACGACAACCAACCAAGAGACAACCACCUCUGAGAAAACCCUGACAACCAAAGAGUAUUUAGUUUCACCAUCCACAUCCAAAUCGGUGACGCAUCCACAUGAUACACACCUGAUCUCCACCCAGCCCUCCGUUAUUCCCACUCCAUCAACUUUUUCACAUCCAGCAGCAACCUCGGUCCAAACUACUGAGGAGGACAAAGUAAAUCGGACAAGUCCAGGUGGAACCAUGCCUCCUGCACUGACUUCACCUCACACAACGCUGGAAACAACCAGACACACAGUAGAGUCGACAACAUCUUUGGCUGUAUCACCAACCAGGAGUUGCAUUUCUCCGUAUGCAGAGAUAGUGGAUGAGUGCACAAAGUACAUCUGCGUUAACAACCAGCUUGUCCUGUUCAACAAAUCUCAAAGCUGCCCCUUCACCUCUGAACCUCCGAACUGCGGACUGCUUGGCUUUGCCAUACUGGUUAAUGGAGACAAGUGCUGCCCAAAGUGGGACUGUCCAUGUCGCUGCUCGAUGUUUCCAGAUCUGAAUGUGAUCACAUUUGAUGGGAACAGCGUUGCCAUCUACAAGGCCGCCUCUUAUAUAGUGACCCAGUUGCCCAAUGAGACCGUCAGCAUACUGGUUCAGGAGUGCCCAGCUGAUUCAGAGUCAUCUCUUCUCUGGAAUUUCACCAACCUGUGUAUGGUGGCACUCAACAUCACGCAUAAAUCCAACCACAUCAUCAUCAACAGGCUGCAGAGGAGGCUCUAUGUCAACUCUCGCUAUGCCAAGCCUCGAUUCAAAAAGUUUGGCUUUGAGAUAUACGACACUGGCAACAUGUACCUGAUCCGCAGCCCUGCUGGUCUCAAGCUGCAGUGGUACCACAGCACGGGCAUGAUGGUGAUCGACACCGACAGCUCCAGCAACAAGCUUAACACGAUGGGUCUCUGUGGUUUCUGUGAUGGAGACCCAACAAAUGACCUGACGAUGGCCAACGGCACCACUGUGGGCGCAAGCGAGGAUCCGGCUAUUUUCAUCGAUAGUUGGCAGGUGCCCAACACCACCAGCUACAUCAGCCACAGCCGCCGCCGCGAGCUCAACUGCUCCACCAGCAACUGCUCCGGCUGCAUGCUCAUGCUGCAGAGCGACGCAUUCUCCCCCUGCCACGCCUUCGUCCCGCCAAGCACAUUUUGUGAGGUUUGGGUACGAGAUGCAGAGUACGUCAACAACCAGUGUGUUGCUCUGGCUGCCUACGUGGCUUCUUGCCACAAAUUCAACAUCUGCAUUGAAUGGAGGACUCCAGAUUACUGCCCCUUUGUGUGUCCCGACACUCUGCGGUAUCAGGCCUGUCUGCCAGCCUGCACCUCUCAGUCCUGCCCGAACCACGACUUUGACGCGGACCCGGAUCAGUGUUCAGGCCUAACUGAAGGCUGCGUGUGCCCCGCGGGAACGCUCCUUCACCGGCCGUACUCGGCCCUCUGCGUCUCACCUGAGAAGUGCGCCUGCACUGACAGUUCCGGCUUUCCUCGUGCAAAUGGUGAGGUGUGGAAAGCCUCCAAAGAUGCAUGCUGCAUGUAUAGCUGCGUCAACGACACAAUCGUUCCCAUGGAGUACAACUGCUCCAAUGUGGCGUCCCCACUGUGCCGUCGAGCAGGGGAGGUGAUCAUCAGCCUUGCAGAUGACACCAGUUGCUGUCCGCAGAAAGUCUGCGUUUGUAACCAUAGCUUGUGUGACUUGCUCCCUCCUGAGUGUAAAUACGGAGAGAAGGUGGUGUCAUACUACAGACAGGACUCCUGCUGUCCAGACUUCAUGUGUGAGUGUGAUCCUGAACUCUGUGAAUCGGACGUUCCCUCCUGCAGAGAGGACCAGACGCUGAUCGCCACCAGAGCCGACGGCAGCUGCUGCCUCGCUUACAUCUGCAUGUGUUCUUCCUGCGCGGAGAUGCCUCCUCUCUGCCAUGACGGCGAGGUGCUGACGGUGGAUGGUAACACCACGGACAGAUGUUGCCCCGCCUACCAAUGUGUGUGUGAGCCCUACAGGUGCCCUCAGCUUGGUUGUCCUGCUUGGAUGUCGGCGGUGUCUGUGUCCAGUCCGGGUCGCUGCUGUCCAAACCAAACAUGCGAGUGCUCCUGCGAAAAGAUUACAUCCCCAAAAUGUAGCCUGGGAGAGGCCGCCCAACUGGACCGGGCCUUCCUGUCUGACCCACAGAACCAGUGCGCCUGCAAAAGAUACAAGUGUGUGCGGGAGGCGGUGUGUGUGUUUGGCGAGCGCGGCGUCCUACGGCCGGGUCAGACUCUGGUGGAGCACCAGGACGACGGCUUGUGUCACAGCAGGCAAUGCAGCCGGAGCCUGGACCCGGCAAGCGGCUUCCACCUGCUGCGCACCAGCAGCAUCAACUGCUCCGCCCACUGCCAGCCAAAUCAGAUCUAUGUUCCUCCAAAGGACCAGACGACCUGCUGCGGUGUUUGUAAGAAUAUUUCCUGCAUCUACGCGCACGAGAACGGCACGACAGUUCUCUAUAAGCCUGGGAAGUCUUGGGUAUCAAACUGCAUGAAGUUCGACUGCACAGAUACUCUGUCUGGACCCACGCUUAUCUCCUAUUCCUUCAGCUGCCCACCUUUCAAUGAGACAGAGUGUAUGAAGAUCGGUGGAACGGUCGUAAGUUACAUGGACGGAUGCUGCAAAACAUGCAAAGAAGAUGGGAAGUCGUGUCAGAAGGUGACGGUGAGGAUGACGAUCAGAAAAAACGACUGUCGCAGCAACAGGCCUGUGAACAUUGUGUCAUGUGAUGGGAAGUGUCCGUCUGCCAGCAUCUACAACUACAACAUCAACACGUACGCUCGCUUCUGCAAGUGCUGCAGAGAGACAGGGCUGCAGCGGCGCUCCGUGCAGCUGUACUGCAGCGGCAACGCCACUUGGGUCAGCUACACCAUCCAGGAGCCCACCGACUGCUCCUGCCAGUGGUCCUAAACACACACUACACAGACACACACAAAUGGUGUUUAGAUCUACAUCGUCUUAUACAACAAAACAAUGAAGAGGAAGGUGGAAGCUCAGCCUUGUUGCUUUAGGAUGUUGUGAGAGUGGAACACUGAGCUGCGAUUGGCUGGACUUCAUGACUGACGCUCUUGCUCUCCCGUAGUUGUUUUGCUGUCUCUGCUGGCAGAGAGGUGGUACUGCAGGCCAGCUGCACACAACUGGGCCCUAAAGUUGACCUUUGACCUCUGAUAUUUACCUUCCAAGGGAAGUAAAAAAAGUAAUGUAAAGAGUGUAGCCUUCAUUACUAUUUUGAGGAUUUUGAUUAAUCAAAACAGUAUUUUAAUAACUUUAAAAAACUUGAAGAUAAUUUACUGUGCAGCUUAAAUGUUUCUUAAUUGUAAAAUAAAAGCAGCAGACUGGUAGCUUGUAAUUCAUACCAGUAAUAAAAUUACUGCGAUACUCAGCAGGAUGGUCAAAUUUCCCAUCAUUCCUUUUUCUUUUACAUCCUCCCUUCUCCACCUUCUAUGUUGUAUUAAACAAAAGGCUUCCUUUCUCAGUACCAGUAGUCAGUGCUAUGAACGCCUCUGCAUAGUCCCAAAACGACCUGCUGCACAGCUGCACUGCCACCUCGCUGCCAGACUGCAGAGGGAAGUAAAAGUUGAGCAAAAGCAAAGUGAAAAGCAAGUGAAAUUUUGUUUUGUAGUGGGAGUCACUGUUUCUGCUCAUCAUCUUCAGUGUGCUUCCACAACUGAGAAGUAGAGAGAGAGAGAUUCAUAUUUUACCCAGAAUUUCCCAGAAUUCCUCAUGUUGUGCUUUGUUUUUUGUAAAUAUCUUUACUUUUUUAAAAUGAUUUGCAAUAUCAAAUUCUUAUAUAUAUCAAUUUUAGAAAGACAACAAUCAACUGUAUAUUUAGUGAUUUGACAUUUACUUUAUAUAAUCAACACUAGUGAGGUGUUUAAAGGAUUUAAACCCAACUGUACGUGGAGCACUUUAUUUAUUUAUUGGAGUUUGAUAGAGCACAAACAUUCUGAGUUUUAUGGACGAGUACAAAGAGAGAAGAGAAGCAUUAGGACCAACUGAGAACAACCAAACAGGACAUUUCCCAAAACUUGAUUUGGUUUUAUUCCUUGAUAAUGGAGAGCUUGAUAAUGCGUUUUAAAGGUUUCUCUCUGGACUAAAUUCAGAUCAAACAGA